GCGCAAACACGAGAGAACAAACUUCACUUCCAAACCCGCUGUGUGCCUUCAGCUCCUGUCUGAACCUCUGCCACCAUGGACAAACACAUCUGCACGUUAUUACUGCUUUUGUCCUUGCUGUCCGUGUGUGUGUACAGCGAGGGAUUUGCACUGGCGCCCAUUGAACUCGCUCCCAUCCCCUGUAACGACAAAGCUGUGGAGAAGCUGUCUCGUCUGGCUGUCACUUACAUCAAUGAGGAUCGCACUUUGGGUUAUAAGUUUGCCCUCAACCGCGUUGCAAAUGUCCACCUGCACGCUCAGGGCCCAGCGGGCAAUGUGUAUUACCUGGACCUGGAUGUCCUGGAGACCAAGUGUUACAUAGGCAGCCCAAAACCAUGGAAACGCUGUGACAUCAGACCGUUCAUGGAAACCCAAAUCUCUGGAAACUGUAACACCACCGUCCUGCACACACCGGAGGGAUACUCCUACCUGUACAGCUACGACUGCACUCUUACUCCAGAUCCUCCAGAGAAGCUCUACCAGACCUGUCCAACCUGCCCCCUCCUGCUGCCUCUGGACAGCCAACAGGCCGUGGACGCUGCUCGCGUCACCCUGGCGUCCUAUAAGCGUCAGUCCACGCUCGGUGCAGACCUCGGAGUGAAGGAGAUCAUGAGAGCUUCAGCGCAGGCUGUGCCUGUGAAAGCCAGCUUUGUGGAGUACACAGUCCAAGAGUGUCCGGAGGGAGUGACAGAAAGAGGCACCUGCGAGCGGCGAAUGCGUGACUCUGACACAGAGACUGCAGGUUUCUGCACAGGAUCCGUGCACGGAGACUUGAAUGUGCAUCCUGAUGUUCAGGUGUCAUGUGAGAUGUUCAAGAUACAGAGCGUGGACGUCCUCAGACCGGUGCAGCCUCAGGGUCACGACCUCCCCCCGGACCCCGUGAUCCCAACCUUCCCGUCUCUGUUUGACGACGCAGGAAAUGAUCCGCAGCCUGUUCCCUCUGACCCCACGCUGCCACCUGCUGUUGAACCGGCGCCGUUUGACCCCACGCCCGUUCACCCUGAGCCCUUUGACCCCGCUGUUGUGGUUAACCCCACCAACCCUCUCAGCUCAUCUUCCAGUGAGUCUGCUGAAGAUCGAGUAAACCAGCAACAGCAACCACCGGCCGCGCAACCUUUCAGUUCAUCCUCUGAAGAGAUAGGAGGCCCCGUGGCGAUGCGACCACCCUUCAACUUCCGCUACCAGAGGCCUGAGCGCAAGAAACGGCAGGCCUUGAUGGAGCCGCUGCCCUCUCACAACCCAGUCUUCCUGGAUGAUUUCCCGAGUGGGCCCUCUCCUUUCCGCUCCUGUCCCGGUCCUUCUCGAUACACCACAGUUUAACCAGUGCUGCUCAUGUUUGAUUAAUCCAGUGAGGGGUUGGACCAAUAAACUGCUCCGCUCCGAGUCACAAGAGGCUUGUAAUAAUUUGUGCUAAAGAGAUGAAAGCUCUGAAAUAACCCCACUGCUUCUACUGCUGCCAAAGAUUAAGCCAAAUAUUUGAAGCCGUUUCCAAAUAUAUAUGUGAACAAUUUGAAUAAAUUUUGUUUUGAACCUCCUGUCA